GUGGCCAAUAUCUCACCGUUGAUUCCCUUCUUAUUGAAUUUUUAUUUUCCUUAACAAAAAAAAUUCAUUUCACUAUUGUUGAAUACUUAUAUAGUGUUUUGCUAAUGCUGCUCAAAUUUACAUUUCCUAAUCUCUCUCUCUCAUUACUGAUCUCAUCUAAGGGUUAAUUUGCUGUACUAAUUUGAUAUGUCGACGUCGGAUAAACCGGAAGUGGUGGAACGGGGCAUUAAGGAAGAUGAUAAAGAUGAUGAGAAGGGUGGAUUUAUUGAGAAGGUUAAGGAUUUCAUUCAUGACAUUGGUGAGAAGAUUGAAGAAGUUAUUGGAUUUGGAAAACCAACUGCAGAUGUUAAAGAGAUACACAUUCCAAAGAUUAACCUUCAUAAGGUAGACAUUGUUGUUGAUGUUCUUAUUAAGAACCCUAAUCCUGUUCCAAUUCCUUUGAUUGACAUCAAUUAUUUGAUUGAGAGUGAUGGAAGGAAACUAGUUUCCGGUUUGAUACCGGAUGCAGGUACUAUCCAUUCUCAUGGUGAGGAAACAGUGAAAAUUCCUCUUACUUUGAUUUAUGAUGACAUUAAGGAAACAUAUGCUGAUAUUAAACCUGGAAGUAUUAUUCCUUAUAGGGUUAAGGUUGAUCUUAUUUUUGAUGUUCCUAUCUUGGGAAGGUUUACUUUACCUAUAGAGAAAACCGGAGAAAUUCCGAUUCCGUAUAAGCCUGAUAUUGAUAUUGACAAGAUUCAAUUUGAAAAGUUCUCUUUGGAAGAGACGGUUGCGAAUCUUCAUUUGAAAUUGGAAAACAAGAAUGAUUUUGACUUAGGUCUCAAUGCACUUGAUUAUGAGGUUUGGCUUGGUGAUGUUAGCAUUGGUGGGGCACAGCUAACUAAAUCUGCAAAACUUGAGAAAACUGGAAUAACUUACAUUGAUGUUCCUAUUAAAUUCAGACCUAAGGAUUUUGGUUCUGCACUGUGGGAUAUGAUUAGAGGAAAGGGAACAGGUUACACUAUGAAAGGUAACAUUGAUGUUGAUACUCCAUUUGGAGCAAUGAAAUUGCCUAUCAGCAAAGUAGGCGGUACUACUCGUCUUAAGAAAAAUAGGGAAGAUGGAGGUGAUGACGACGAUGAUGAUGAGGACUGAAAUCUGUAUCAAGUCAUUACUAUCUGUUAAUUUUAUUUACAGCUUAUGUUCAUUAGUAAGUUAAUAAUGGAGACUUGGACCUAAAGGCAUGAUUUCUUAGUUUGAUGAACAUUUAUGUAUCUUGAGAUAUCGAGUAGAAAUUCGAAUUAUGUGAUAGUAUUGGUGUAUACAUAUAUGCUUCAGUCUGGCAUGUGUUUUUUACUUGCAGCUGUGUUCUUGUUUGAGUACUUGAUCGAUGAUCAUGUCGAGUUUGCGUUAUCUUUUGGUGAGAUAUAUGACAAUUUGUCAAAUUUUCCAGUUUUAAAUGUAUCUGCCAUGUAACUUUAUGCAUGU